UGCCAAAAUGAGGUCCAUGCUGAUUGUCUUCCUCUUCAGCUACUUCUUUGCAAGAUAUGAUGCCAAAGUUUUCUCUCAAUGUGAGCUAGCCAAAAAGCUGAAGGCCCAGGGACUGGAUAACUUUCAUAGUUACAGCUUGGCAAACUGGGUCUGCAUGGCUAAGCACGAGAGUAAGUUCAAUACCAGCGCCCUCAAUACAAAAAAUUCUGAUGGUACCAUUGACUAUGGGAUAUUCCAGGUGAACAACAAAUGGUGGUGCAAAGACAACAAGCGUUCGUCAAAAAAUGGGUGCAACAUAGCAUGCAGCAAACUCUUGGAUGACGACAUUGAUGAUGACAUCACCUGUAUCAAAAGAAUAGUGAAAGAUCCAAACAAGAUGAAUGCCUGGAAUGCCUGGGUCAAACACUGCAAAGGCAAGGAUUUAUCCAAAUACUUGGCUGGCUGCAAGCUAUGAGACUGUCACUGAAUAUGAUUCAGAGAAGGUGACUCAAAAAGAUGGACACCUUUUUAGCUCUGAAUCCUCUUUCCAUAUCUGCCUCUAAAAUAAAGAUUUCUCAAGCUUAUCUGUUUCAAAUAACAUUUUUAGGAGAUGGGUUGUAAUGAUUUUUUUGCUGCAUAAUGUCAUUCCUUGAAAAUCCUGUCACAUUCAGAGUCUAAAAAUUCGCAUUCAUUUUCC